AAGAGGCGGAAGGGGCGGGGCCUAAACAGGAAGUGGGAAGCAGAAGGCCGCUCUGAAGCAGCCAGCGGGAGCCAUGGCCGUCCCUUGCGCCUUGGUCACCAGCUGCGACGCGGAGUUUCCCGGGGAAGAGCUGGUGAAACGUAUCAUUGGGAAGGAAGAGCUUCCAGAGGAUGUUUCCACCGACGGCGGAGCUCGUUUCUAUCCCUGGACGAUAGACAACAAAUACUACUCGGCUUCCAUCCACCUCUGCGUUGUGCCAAACACGUUUCUCGUGACGGCUGAAAUUGCCGAAGCUGUGCAGGCCUUUUUGGUUUAUUUUGACAGCUCCACGAUAUCUGGGCUGGACAGCAUCUCUGUGUGGUUUCCCCUAAUAGAAGAGUGGCUUCCAGAAGUGAUGAUUUUGGUCUGUGACAGAGUUUCUGAAAAUGGCAUCAGUCGACAAAAGGCCCAGGAGUGGUGCAUCCAGCAUGGCUUUGAGUUGGUGGAGCUCAACCCAGAAGAGCUUCCUGAUGAAGAUGAUGACUUCCCAGAAUCUACAGGAGUAAAACGAAUCAUCCAAGCCUUAAAUGCCAAUGUCUGGUCCAAUGUGGUGAUGAAAAAUGAUAUGAACCAGGGCUUUGGCUUUCUUCCUGCCUUGGCGGGUACAAAUUGCAGGAUUCGCUCUGAGGAAAACGAAGCUCCAGAACUCCAUCCCUUGCCAGCAGAGAGAGCGGACUCUGCUCCGGUCGGCAUUGGAGAAGACGCAGCUGAUGCAGAUGGUGUGCAGACAGGCCCUGUUGCUGGUGAGAGGAAGCGUUCCUUGGUGGGAAGCUGCAAAGAGAACCCCCAUCCUAACCUCCCACAGGCUUCCUGUAGAAAAGAUCCUGUGCUGGAUAUGGACAUCCAAGAACUUGCUAGUCUCACUGCAGGGGAAGGCGAUCUAGAGAACUUUGAGCGCCUGUUCUCCAAGUUGAAAGAAAUGAAAGAGAAAGCAGCAACACUGCCUCAUGAACAGAGAAAACUGCAUGCAGAAAAGGUUGCCAAAGCAUUCUGGAUGGCCAUUGGUGGAGACAGAGAUGAGAUCGAAGGCCUGUCUUCUGAUGAGGACAACUAGAGGCAAAGGAAUUGGUGUGCUGUGGAAUGGAUGCGGGUUAUUCUGCUGUAAACACCACCAAUUGUUGGCUGCAGUAGCUAUUUUUUUUCUUUGACAAAAGGCCUAGAUUUUUGCAGCGUCUGAGAGACUUGAAAGAGGGCUGCUCCUUGAGUAUGUUGUUUCUGCACUGAAAGUUAGAUUGCUGUUGGCUUGCCUGGAUCCGCUGAUGGGGAAACCAGGUGAUGAAGCCAUUGACGUAGCAGGUCUGUUCUGGUAAUCCUGUUGCAUUUCUGGGGAAGCAACACAUGGUCCAACUCUGAUGAAAAGACCUGGCUAGAAACCUCUCUGUAAUGCUUCUCCUUUGUGAGCUUUUCAUUUAUCGUCAUUUCAAAGCAGAGACCAAGAUUUUGGGGAAGGGUGGGUAGGAAUAAUCAUCAAUAACUUUGGGGUAUGACUGGAGUAGAGGAAACAUGAUCUCUUCAGAGGUGGUUGUCCAUGAAGGGAAAGCUUUGAGCCAGAAUAGUAUUUUGCAUAGGCAAGUAAUGCAUUUGUGAAUCCUGUUUUGAAUACUGAUCAGCCUAGUUUUGAUGUUGCAGCCAAAAAAUUAUAUAUGCUUUUCAGUAGUCCCUGCCUUCCAUCUCCCCUGGCAGCUAGAGAAAGAAAAAGGCAGUAACCGGUGGAAGGAGAAAAAUUAUGCAUCAUUCCACUACGGAGAUGUUCACAAGCCCAGUUAAGGUUUCAGAUUAUAUUAUUUUGUCUGUGAUGGUGGGUGUUAGGUAACAAACCCCUUGUAGCUAUCUGGAUUAACAUCAGUUAUAGGUCAGAGAGACUAAAAGAAGGUGGCAAGUGAUAGGGUUCGAAGGGGUUCUCUAACAAGGAGUUAAAGGAACACGGUUAAACUUUUUUCCAACAUGGGAUCUGACAGUCACAGGCUGAUAAGUUGAAUUUGCAGUUUGGUAUGAACAAGUGUAAUAUUCACACUUUGAAUGCUGCCAAUCCUGGAGGGAAAGGUGUUUCACAUGUACAGAGACAGUAGCCAGUUUGUAGUCAAAAAAAUUAACUCAUUGGGGGCAAAAUGAUGUGUAUAUAUUCCCCCGGAGAGCUAUAUUAUCUGACUAGUCAUUAGUGCCAGAAUGUAUGAUCCAGUUCACUGGAAGAGAUGAAUCCUCAACUACUGUUAGUCCAACAUAUUUCCAAUCAGUGGAAGCACUUUAAAACAAAAAGAAUCAAGUUAAAAUUUGAUGUUGGGCCAAAACCAGCAUCUUCUCAUUGAAGAUGUAAAAGCAGUGGUGCAUCUUUUUCUGUUUUCCUGAAAUAUACUUGGGCCCCAAUCCAUCAGGCUACUUCAUUACAUAAGAGAUGAGCAGAGCUCCUGCACCAUUUUGCUGUUGAGUGUGGCCGAGACAUUAACCUGUUGUACCUUUCCUUUCUUUUUGGUGACCUGUAAAAUGAGUUGAAUAAAGUCUGCUUAAAUACAG